UAAAUAUCAGAUCACAGAAAUAAAGUGUAGCCUCUUUAAAAAGUUUGACAUUUGAACCGACUUAACACUACAACACAUAUUUUGGAGGUCAAAGUAAAAAUGAGGAAAACGACAGAAUUGAUAAUAAGUUGGUUAUUUUUUUAAUGACAAAUUAACAAAUUUCACGCAAACUACUGGAAACGAACGCUUUGGAUUGAAAAAUGGCUGAAGCUGCAGUAGAUGCUUUGAGAUUUUAUUGCCACUUGUGCAAUAAACGUUUCCAAUCUGCUUCUUCAUCUUUCACUUGCCCUUUCUGUUCUAAUGGUUUCAUCGAAGAAGUCUCUGAGCAAACCGAAAUAGAUGGGGAUAUGUCAGAUGGUGAUGAGUUUGGGGUACAUAUCAGAGAUAUACUUAUGCCUGGGAUGGUACCUUUUAUUGAAACACGUUCAGGUAGAUCCCAGCCUCUGGAAGUUCCACGAGCAGGAGGAAGAUCACGAGGUCCUUCUCAACAUCAUCAUGUACAUCCCCACCCAUUUAGGCCAAACAUUGAGAAUUUUAUUCAAGAUGUAAUAAUUAAUUUGGGAGGCAAUAUGCAGUUUUUCUUGGGUAACCCUGGUGAUUAUGCAUGGGGAAGGGAAGGCCUGGAUUCUAUUAUUACUCAUCUCUUGAACCAAAUGGAUUCUACAGGCCCUCCCCCUUUAGGAAAAGAAGUUAUAGAUUCUUUACCAGUCGUACAAAUCGAGGAAGAUCAAGUGAACAAAAAACUGCAAUGUUCAGUUUGUUGGGAGGACUUUGUUUUAAAUGAAGAUGUACGACAAUUACCAUGUUCACAUGUUUAUCACGACGGUUGUAUAAGGCCCUGGCUUGAACUACAUGGCACAUGUCCCAUUUGUAGGCAAAACUUAGGAAACAAUGAACAGCAAAAUAGUGACAUUCAUUUACCGGAUACUGAAAGUCUAAUUAUUGGUCCAAGCGUUGUUGAACGAGCUCAUGGUUCCACCGAUCAACCUGCAAGUUCCAGUAGUUCAGAUAAUUCCGACAUGAUGAGAACAAGAUUCAGUAGAGAUUGAGAUCACUAAUUGUUUUAUUUUUCUGAUUAUCUCUUUUCAACAUGGAUUUCAUAUUAAAUUUAUUUAUUGAGUAUGCCAUCAUCAGUUGAGGGGUUUGAAUAAAUAAGAUCAUAAUGCUACAUUUUUGCUGAAUCGUUUUUAAAGGAAAAAUAAUGUAGCUUUCAUUAUAUGUAUGUGUUGUGGAAGCUGUGUUGAACUCAUUGGAUCAAUAAAUUGAGUUCAUGAAAUUAUAACAAAAAUGAUUAUUCAUUUGAGCCCUUCAGUUCUUUUAUGAUUCGUUUUUUAUGGACAAUUCAAUUUGUUAUACAACUUGUGUAAAUUUUUUUCUGAAUGUAGAUAAGGAAUUCAUAAAUCUGUUUUGUAUUGGUAGCUUCGUAUCCUGAAACUGAUCUAAAGCCAAGGAAAUAAUUUUUUUCGCAUGUACUUGUAAUCUAAACAACAAAGUCAUGUUGAUGUUUUUAGAGGAAUAUUGAUGUUUGUCAUUUCUCCGUAAUGAAAUGGGAAUGACAAGCCAUGGAUAGUGAAAAUAAUGAUAUUGAAUAAUGAUAAUGGCACAGCUUUUCAUUUUUCCAGAAAUUCACUUCAAAAGCUGAAUAAAUGUUGUUGUCAUCAAUUUAAACUAAUAAAAUGGUUUGCUUGAAAAGGUU